AUGACAUCUACAGCGAGAUCGACAGGCUUAGAGAGCCAUCAUAAUACUGGCAACGGCCGCCGAUAUGGCGAUAUGAGAGAUUACAUGGCUUCAUCCCAGUUUCAGCCGCAUCGGGCUCGCCAGGCAAUUCAAGAUGCUCACAUGAAGCGGAUCCCGUCUCUUAUCGGCUACUAUGCCGGUCUGGCGGUACCUAUUACGCGAUGGCUGGCACCCAUGGGGUUUGACUGGGAACAUAGCGCGAUGAACGUCGAAACGGACUACGGUAUGUCCAUUAUGGUUCAUGAGACAGCCUUCAUGAGCAACGGACGCACAAUUCCAUUUGUGCGAGUGCCGGGGCACAACGAGGCCAUGAUCGCUUACGCGCUCGGUGCUGGUGCCUCGAUCGUGGCUCCUUACGUCGAAACCGUGGAGCAGGCCAAACCUAUCGUCUGCACCGCCAUUCCGAUAUUUGGCGGGCCUGACCGAUACCCUCUGAACGGCCAGGCAGCCGUCAUAAUUCAAAUUGAAUCACUAGAGGCUAUUCAGAAUCUGGAUGCUAUUCUUACCGAGGUUCCGGAAAUCGACGCCGUUUGGCUGGGGGCUUUAGAUGCUCGUGUCAGGGACUCCUGUCAUCACAAUAAGCCACAUGCUGGUAUCACGUUGGCAAAGGGAGACGAGCUACGCAAGGUUGCGUCGAAAACGGCAAUGUGCAUCACAGCAGCUGAUACGCUGAAACUGGGAGAGUUGAUGGGGGACUUAGCCGCUUCGAAAGAGACCCUUACUCUGAAAUGA